AUGGGUCAACAAGGCUCAGCACUGCUAUCCGAAAUCGAACAAACCUCGAACUUCAACAGCAAAGAAAUUCAACGACUCAAAAAACGAUUCAUGAAACUCGAUCAAGAUGGUUCCGGCUCCAUCGACAAAGAUGAAUUCCUGCAAAUCCCGCAGAUCGCAAACAACCCUCUGGCCCUCCGCUUGAUCGCUAUCUUUGACGAAGACGGUGGUGGAACGGUCGACUUUCAAGAAUUCGUCGCUGGUCUUUCCGCUUUUUCCAACCAAGGCUCACGAGAGGAGAAGCUAAAGUUCGCAUUCAAAGUAUAUGACAUGGAUAGGGAUGGAUUGAUUAGCAAUGGAGAAUUGUUUUUAGUACUGAAGAUGAUGGUUGGGAAUAAUUUGAAAGAUCAACAGUUGCAACAGAUUGUAGAUAAGACAAUUAUGGAGGCCGAUACAAAUGGAGAUGGCAAGUUGGAUUUCGAAGAGUUCCAAGCGAUGGUGGCGAAUACGGAUGUUGCUAAACAGUUGACUUUGGAGGAUUUGUUCUGA